AUGGGUGGACCGAGUAAGGGAGGUGAAAAGAAGACUACUGGUGCUGCUGCUGAUCCAGCUAAGGCUGAAACUAACCUAGCUUUAUUUUCGAAAGCUGGAAACAAGAAGAAUGGUGGACAUAAUACCAAACCCAAGCCUGAAAAGGCUACAAAGACGAGCGAAGAGAUGGAACAACCCGGAGUUGCUGACCUCCGAACUGCUUUCCAUACUCUAAAAACUGGCUUGGGCCCCGCCGUAAAUAGGCUCAGGAUCUUGAAGAAAACCCCCCAUGCAGCGGGCAAUACCUCAAGAUCCCCUGCCAAGGGGAAAGACACGAGCUCAACUCGAGAAUCAGUUCCGUCUGUCCUAGCCCAGUAUCGUAGCAUAGCCCAGACUAGGGCUAGAAAUGAUGAGCUCUGGGCUGAACUAAACGCUGCCAACACUGCCUUGACAGCAGCUCAAGAGGGCGAGCAGGUCGCCAAAGCUGCCUUGGCGGCUGCUCAAAAGAGUGAGCAUGAUGCCAUGGCUGCUCUCGCCUCGUCCCAGGAAAACGAUCAAGCUGCGAAGACUGCCUUGUCUGCUCUCCAAGCUCAAACUGUACAACUUCAGGCCAAGGUUGACGGAGCCAAAGCAAAGUUGAUUGAGGCCGAGGCCGCAGUCAAAGAAGAAAAGGCAGCCUCAUUGUCUUCCAUGGAAGAGAUGUUAUACUAG